GCCGGCAAAGUUCACAUUCAGUUGAAAACGUUUACUGUGUUAAACGCCAGUCAUGCUGAUGUUGCCAACUUUUCGAGUGAGUUUGGCGGUCUGCGACAAUCUAUAACCCUGAGCGACAUUGCCUCCACAACUGGUGUCCAGUUGCAUCGGCCAGUUGCCAGUUGCGAAAGCCAGGCUAAACUCUUGACUGCUGGGGAUCUGGCCUCGAUUGACGGUUCAGACUCGGUACCAUCGAACAGCAUCAAAAAGUCGACUCAAGCGGACUCUUUCGAUGCUCAAACGGCUGCCAAGACGGCGGCUGCGUCACUGCCAGCCGCCAGACCGGACAGAUUUGCUGUCGUCAGGGAGAACCCGAUGGAGGAGUGCACUUUGAUGACGACCCUCUCCGAGUCCAGUGUGCAUGUGCCCAAUCUGUCGAGUCGGUGUGAGCCGGCGCAGGUGAGAAGAGUAGAAAAUCGAAAGUGGAUUGUGAGUCCGCGGCGGUCGGCGCGACUGGUGGAGACGAGCCGACAGUACCACGACCCUGCGCUUCCGGCUCUUCACAUUCCCUUGUCACCGUCUCUGCCGCUGGCGGACUACACAAGCUCGGCAGAUGGCACACCUUUGCGCAGCGACCGGUUGGCACACGCAACCACGAGUCUGGGCAUCGCUUCAGCCGGACUCGAGCAGAUCUGCUCGUCGCCUCCACUUCGCCCGAGCCCCGUCGAGGCAGCGAGCACCGUUGAACAGAUGACCUGUCAAGCUGUCGCUAUGGCAUCGAAUCUGCUCUCAUCACGACUGGGGCUGGGUGAAGCGCCAUCUUCAGAGCCUGUUGCCGGGGCUGCAAACUUGCGGGCCGGAAGUUCGCCGGUUGGGGGGGCGGAGCAAUUUGUCUGUCCUGGAUACACGUCAGAACGGCAGACGACUGAGUCGUCGACGUUUGGUGGGCAAAAUGAACUGACAGCGGAGCUGGAGGAUCAGUUGCUUGACCAGUUGGCGGCACAAAUCGGUCUUCUAGCCGGGCCCAAGAGACCGGGACGUCGGGUCUUGAACCGGCAGACGAUGCAGGCCAUUACAUGUCAGCGUAAGUGGGCCAUGUGGAUCUGCUGUCUUUUGUCGAUAAAUAGACCUUUCAGACUGCCGGUAGAUCAGUUUUCUUGA